AUGGCGCCUUCAGCUACCGGUGGCAAGAAGCAAAAGAAGAAGUGGUCGAAGGGCAAGGUCAAGGACAAGGCCCAGCACGCCGUCGUCCUCGACAAGACCACCGCCGAGAAGCUCAACAAGGAUGUCCAGUCCUACCGCCUGGUCACCGUUGCUACCCUUGUCGAUCGUCUCAAGAUCAAUGGCUCCCUGGCCCGCCAGUGCCUCGAUGACCUUGAGGAGCGUGGUGUGAUCAAGAAGGUUGUUGGCCACAGCAGCCUGAACAUCUACACCCGCGAGAUCACCGCCGAGUAA